AGUGAGUAUUGACGUCCUUCAGAAUGCCCAACACCAAUGCUAAACUUCGCUCUAACCACAGGGGUGGUCGGGAAGCUAGCAGACGGGAAUUGGUUUCCAGAUCUUUGCAGAGUGCUCAGCAUUGCCUGGAGAACCAGGAUUUUGGAACUGCAUAYGCUCACUAUCUCCUGGUACUAAAUCUAGCUCCUGAGUUAAAACCUACUGUCAAAGAAACAUUUCAGUUUACUCUCUUUAAAUGGGCAGAAGAACUGGAUUCUCUGGCACGGAUUCAAGAUCUGUUCAACUGCUAUGAGCAAGCACUUGAACUGUAUCCCARUGAUGAAGUGAUCUGUAAUAGUAUGGGAGAACAUCUCUUCAGAAUGGGCUUCAGAGAUGAAGCAGCUGGAUAUUUYCAUAAAGCAGUGAAGCUCAACCCCGACUUUGCUGAUGCCAAGGAGAAUUUUUACCGYGUUGCAAACUGGCUGGUGGAACGCUGGCACUUCAUCAUGCUCAACGAUGCCAAGAGGAACCUCACCUACCUCAAGGCCAUUGAGAAUGCUGUCCACUCAGGGAGCACGUCUGUCCUGGAUAUUGGAACAGGAACAGGAAUUUUGAGUAUGUUUGCAAAAAAGGCGGGAGCAUCUUUUGUCUAUGCCUGCGAAUUAUCCAAAACCAUGUAUGAACUUGCCCRUGAUGUGGUGGCAGCAAAUAAUAUGGAAAGAGAGAUCAAACUUCUGCACUUGAAGUCACUUGAUAUAGAAAUUCCGAAGCACAUUCCUGAAAGAGUUUCCUUGGUUGUCACAGAAACAGUUGAUGCUGGCUUAUUUGGAGAAGGAAUUGUGGAGAGCCUGAUACAUGCUUGGGAACACCUGCUUUUACAACCAAAGCCUAAAAACCAAGACAUCAGUGCUGGAGAGUAUGGCAGAGUUAUUCCUGCAAGUGCUACGAUAUUUGGGAUGGCAGUGGAAUGCAAAGAGAUACGUAAACAUCACAGAGUGGGAAUGCAAGAAGUUGCUGGUGUGUGCUUGUCAAACUCAGUGCAGUUCUUCAGUCCCACAUAUGCUGCUGCUGGCUCAGAGGAAACUGUGGAGCCCUACACCACYGAGAAGCUCAGUCGUAUWCCUGGGGGCUACAGACCCCUGACAGAACCCUGUCAAGUCAUGACAGUAGAUUUCAACAAUUUGCAGGAGCUGAAAAGCCUGGCAUCUAGAAAGCCCUGGAAGCUUAGCCUGCCAGUCACUGAAGGAGGAAUACUGGAUGCUGUUGUGGUGUGGUUUGUACUACAGCUUGAUGAUGAGCAUGCUCUGUCUACAAGUCCCAGUGAGGAAACUUGCUGGGAACAGGCAGUGUAUCCUGUGCAGGGCCUCCUCGAUUAUUCUGUGAAGACUGGAGAUACUGUGAUGAUGGAAGUUUGCUGCCAAGACUGCUACUUGAAGAUCCAGAAGAUUUCUUCUUUGCCUUCAGAGUGUGGGAUGGAUUUCAGUGACAGAGACGACMUGCUGAGUUUGGGCAAUGAGGCUGAAUUAUGUAAUGCUCUGGCUGGACUUCAGACAAGCACCAAACAGGAUGGCAGCACUCCAGUGUGUGUGUUGGAAUCCACAGAAAUAGCUCUGCUCAAUGACGUACCCUAYCACGAAUGCUUUAAAGCUGCCAUGAGCAAAGUGCUGCUCUCAUUAAAUCCAAGUAAGGACUUGCACUCCAUGGAUGUUGAUGGACACGGCAGUGGGAUAAACCUCCAAGAGAAUCAAAACAAAASCUCUGUGGAUGUGGAUCCUGAUGCUUUGUACGUUUUAGAUGUAUCAGAAGGCUUCUCCAUUCUGCCAAUCAUAGCUGGCAAGCUUGGACCAGUUAGAGCYUACAGUUCUGUUGAGAAAGAACAGCAUCAGGCAGCACUUCAUGUCAUUGCAGAAGCAAACCAUUUCCCUAAGGAAACUUUAGAGUUUUGGCUCAGCCACUUGGAAGAAGAAAGUGUGGUGCUACAGAGACCCAAAUCAGACAAAUUGUGGAGUAUUAUUAUCUUGGACGUUAUAGAGCCAUCAGGUUUAAUCCAACAGGAGGUGAUGGAAAAGGCUGCAAUAUCCAGAUGUUUACUUCACAGUGGAGGGAAGAUUUUCCCACAGUAUGUGUUGGUAUAUGGGAUGCUUGUAGAAUCGGAGUCUCUGUUACUGGAGARUGCUGUUCAAGGAACAGAACCAACUCUGGGAUUUAAUAUAGCUCCUUUUAUCAACCAGUUCAAGGUACCUGUCCGUGUGUAUUUGGAUCUCUCCACGUUACCCUGUGUACCCCUGAGCAAGCCAGCAGAGCUCUUAAGGCUGGAUCUUAUGACCCCUCCGCUGAACUGCCCCAGCAGAGAAGUGAAGGUACAAAUUUGUAAGUCUGGCCGAGUUACUGCCAUUCCCUUCUGGUAUCACAUCCAUCUGGAUGAAGACCACAGCUUAAACACAUCUGAUGAGUCCUCACACUGGAAACAAGCUGCUGUUGUUCUUGAUGAUCCCAUCCCAGUUCAGGUUGGAGAUGAACUUGUACUUGAUGUCCAACACCAUAAAAGCAAUAUCAGCAUUACAGUGAAAAGGUGAAGAAGGUCCUGUGUGGAAUGAUUUGUGCUUAAUUACCUAUGCAUAAAAUGAAUCUUCAUAACAACACCGCUGCUACUUUGUAUUAAAGUCUAAAUUUUAUUUACUGAUGAAAAAGCCUGUUUUGUUGCUUUAAUAAUAGAUAUUUAGGUUCCACUGGCAGACUAAAAUGCACUGUAUUUUAUCAAGCAGUUUUAUAUUUUAUCAAGCAGUUAGAGGAGGCAUUGUCUUCACUGCAGCAAAAAGCUACCAGGUCAGCUGUAGUGAGGAAACAAAGCCUCCAGUUGCCUGUACCAGAAACAGACAGCUGUGGCUGGGAUGGAGUCCUUAUUUCUCAAACUGUAGUUCCACUUCUCCAUUGCCAAAGCACCCUACCUCAGUUUAUUGAGAUGUGAGCCUUGUAGGCCUGAACGGCAUUCCAGCUGCAGUAUCACAGUUCAGUGCUGCAGGGUAACUCAAGCUAUAUAAUGGAAGGUAAAACUGGUAAACAUUUUAGAAUCCCCCAGAUAAUUAUUUCUGGGAAUAYAAUGGGCCUGAACUCAUCUGUAUGAAAGGUAUAUGAAAUAUGUAUGCAUCAGUGACCGCAGUACUCCUGACUAUCAUCCACAGCAUUAUGUCUUGGUAUAAUGCAGGUAACCARUUCCUUCUAUUAAAUUUGUAUCCAAGUGGAAGACUGAUAAAAGCUUUGAACUSAGCACUUACUCUACCUUUGUAGAGAGGAGGAAGACUCUUACUAAGAGUUUUCUGUAGCUAAGCUGCUUUUUACUGUGCUCUCUGUUCAAUGGACGAGAGACAAUUCUGUGAUCUUUCCUUAAGAGCAGCCUGUAUAAAGAGCCAUCCACAAAUGAUUUUUCUAAAAUUUCAGUGCCUGCUAAAGUCAUUAUACACACUUUAUUAGGGCAAAUGUUUCAGAUAAUUUAACUUAUUUCUAUCUAUUUCUAUUUCUUUUUAYCAAGUCUGCUCAAUUUAACUUUAGGGACCAUUAGAGUUGAGGUUGUUCCAGCCUCAGCUGAACCUGUACCUGAUAAAUUGCUGUAAUAAAGCUUCUUUUAGAAGGGUCAACGAAAGGUCUCCAUUUUAUUUUACUACAAAACGGAGACACAAAAUGAGGUUUUCUGAAGAUAAAAUAACUGGAUACCAUCCUUUAUGCAAGGGGUACAAUGCAUAACAAGAUGCAAGUGAAUUGUAGAGUAGGACAGAGGCUCUUCAUGUUGCAUAGAGAACAGUAUUUCUUCAACCAUGGUCCAUAAAAUUUUAAGUUACUAUCUGACACAGCUAAACCUGGCAGGUGCGUAGCAAUUUCACCAGAGUGCAGUUUUAUAGAGAAGUAUUUAARUUUCUUGUGCAAGAAGACCUGAUAAAAGCAGAGACUUCACAGAGUGAGUUAGGUGUAUUUAUUAAGACUUUUAGCAACUAAGAUGACAGCACAGAUGACUUAGAGAAAAAUUAGACACAUUCAACUCCUUGAGUAAGGCAAGAGCAAUCUUUAAGAUUUCUGGUUUAAAAAAUUGGGAGGAGAUUUGGCAUAAAAGAACAGAGGAAUAAAUAUGGUUGAGAGGAAGAUGAAYGAUCUGCAAAUGAACUUUUUAUAUAAUCCUGAUAAGUUGUGCUGUGGAAAUACGGUGGUAGUGAUUUUCAAAAGACAGGGUAGGUGUCAUUGCAGGAUUUCUAUUUAUUUUUGGAAUCCCAUAGCAGUCUUUAASGAAAGGUAUGAUCCUGUAAGUUAUUGCAAUUAAAAAAAUAACUUUUCUCACAGAAA